GCUUAUCUGGUUGUGGUUUGGGGGGAUUUACUCGUGGUGCGUCUCUGCAGAUGAAAGAUCUGGUCAUGCAUCUGGCAACUUUAGUGUAGCAGUUCACCAGUAUUUAAAUGUUGGAACUAUUCCUAUCAUUUUACCCUGGAAGUGACCACUUGGAUUUAAACCAACAAACAUCUUGUGUAGUAAUAAAUAAACAUAGUAAUACAAUCUAAAGAUGGAUUUUUUCAAAGUGGUUAUUGGCAACAUCAGUGAUCCAGAACCAUCGAGAAUAAAAUGUGAAGAUACUGAGGAACAGGAACAAAGAGACCUGAUGGAGGUGAGAGAGGAAGUUCCACAACUGAAUAAAGUCGAGGAGAAACAUCAGUGUCCGGAAAAACCUCAUACCUGUCAACAAACUAACAAGAAAUCUUCACCAAGAGGGACUUUCGUGUGCCCUCACUGUGGAAAGAGUUUCAAACAAAAAGGACACCUUGAAUAUCAUGUAAGAAUUCACACUGGUGAGAGGCCUUUCUUUUGCCUUCAGUGUGGAAGCAGUUUUAAACAUAAAGGACAUCUUAAGGAUCAUAUGAGAAUUCACACCGGAGAGAAGCCCUUCACAUGCACUCAGUGUGAAAAGAGUUUCACGCGUCCCACAAGUCUCAAAACUCACUUGCUCUCUCACUCUUCAGAAAAGCCAUACACUUGUGAUCAGUGUGGUCUAAAAUUUAGCCUGGCGGCACACUUGAAAAGACACCUGAGAAUUCAUACAAAUGAGAGGCCGUAUGUUUGUUCUUUUUGCGGAAAGAGCUUCUUAUGGCUGUGCUACUUUAGAGACCACCAGAAGAGAUACGCUGGUGUGAAAGCUCAUGUGUGCUCUGACUGUGGCAGCGCCUUCACUAGAGCCAGCGAAUUAAAACGGCACCAAAGAACCCACACUGGAGAAAAACCCUACAAGUGCUCAUAUUGUGGAAAGUGCUUUUCUGUGUCUGGAAACUUGAAAAACCACGAGAGAGUUCAUACUGGAGAGAAGCCGUACCCCUGCCCUUCAUGUGGGAAGAGUUUCAGCCAAAUUAGCCAUCUACUGAGACAUUUAAAAAAAAGUUGUCACGGUAUAUCCUCAACCGCUAAGUUGAACAGAUUUCGUCCUAGGACCUGAAGUUGAUCACAGUUUAUCAUGCGGUCUAAAGAUAUUGAGCCUAAAAAGGAACAAAGUUUAUUCUCUGGCCAAACACUUUCAAGUAAUUAGUGUGAAUUUAAAAAAUACAACAUUUCCCAAAAUAGCAAUUUCAUGUAAAUUUGCUAAAAUGCUUUACUUGAAGUAUAAUAAUUGAGAUUUAAGCAUUAAAAUAUCCAAAACCGUUA